AAUGAAGAAGAGUACUAAAACUUAGGUAACUAACACUUAAAAGCAGAAUGUUAAAUCUCCCACUAAAAAGACAACAGAAAUUCAAUAAGAAUCUAUGUUAUAGAGUGGGAGAGAUUGGGCUAAGUAAUCAUAUCGUAGUUCUCAGAGUCCAUCUCAACACAGUCCUUCUGGUAUUAGUCCAACAACUAAGAGAAUGUCAUCUUCAGCAGUUUAGAUACCAUCUAAUAUUAGAAUGCAAAAGAGACAUUCUUCUAUUGUUGCUAAAGGAACAGAGAUGCAUUAAAGAUCAGUUAUCAAAUACUUAGGUUUAAAUUUAGAACCUGUAUGUGAUAAAAAGAAUCAUGAAAAAAAUAAAUUAAUUUAUAUAUGCUAACAUCCUUUAUGCAAAGCUUAAAAACGAUUAGGAUGUGCAUAUUGUUUACUGGAAGAACAUAAUAAUCAUGAGACAAUGGAAGUAUAACAAUUUUGUAAACUUUUUGAUGAAAAAUAUAGAGAGUUUUAGGAAUAAUGUGGCUCUAUUCAAAAAAUGCCUGAAAGAGUCUCAGAAGUCAAAUAAAAGUUUGAGUAAUUAACAAAAGAAAUAUUAUAAAAGCUUAAAUUAAUAGAACAAGGAAUUAUAUGUGCUGUUAAUGGUUUUCUCUUUUGGGAAAAUAAAGAAAAUGGAUUGACUGAAUAAGUAGAGUAACUCAUAAAAAAGAAUAUUUAUGAUAUGACUUAAGAUGAACUUUUUGAGAGUAUAGAGUUUAUCUAAGGAAAACAUAUAAGAGAAAUUACUCAGAUUGCUACAUAAACUAAUUUUGCUGUCAAAAAAAGAACAAUUUAAUUAGAUUUGACUUGGUAGACAUACUUUCCUCAAUUAGAAUCUGACAUAAUGUAUGCUUUAGAUGACAAUAAAGAAAUGUUUAUCUAAGAUCAAGAUCUAAAUCUUAUUAGAUUGCAAAAGAUUGAAAUGAAAUAAUAACGAUUAGAUGGAUUAUCUUAAUAAAUUAAAGAAUAAAUUCAAAAUAAUAAUACUAUAUAAUAGAAGAUACCAGGAUUUAAAUAAGAAGAAAUAUAGAUGAUGAAUAGUAUUGUAAGUUAAGCUUUGGAUAAGGUGGCAAGUCUUCCUGAGAUUAAAAAUGAAUUUAAUAAUCAUUUUGAUUCUAUGCAUACAGAUGGAUAAACUGAAUAAGAUUUGGAUGAAUCUCAAUAGAAAAUUCAAGAAAAUGUGAAUACAUUCCCUCAUAUCAUCUAUACUUAAGAUUGUGAACAUAGAUAACCAUGUAAUACAAUACCUAUCUUUGCUUGUUGUAAUAAAGCUUAUCCUUGUGCUUAAUGUCAUGGAUAUAAAUAGCAUCCUCCAAAAAUAUCAGUUCCUAGCUAUCGUUAUUGCAUGAAGUGUUUAGAAAUUUAUUUAGUCAUAUAUCCUACAAAUCAGGCAGUCAAUUGUCUAAAAUGCUAAUGAAAUUUUAAAUUAUUAUUUAUAUAUUAAAUGUAUAAAGAUCUUAAGGUCUAAAUUCUAAAUAAAAGAAUCUUCAAUAGCCAACUUUGAAAUUUAUAAAUCUUAGAGAAAAAUAGUUACAUUUAUACUAAAGUAGUAUAAGUAAAAACAUAAAUAUUUUUUUUUAUCUUAGAUCUAUUGACAGGAGAGGUUCUUCGAUCUAUUCAAUAACCAUAUAAUAAAAUAUAAUUCAAUUCUUUUAACCUAAAUAAGAAGUUUACACAAUAUUCAGCUUAUAUAAGUAGUAUAUCUUUACCUAUUCUAUUAGAUUGAAUAUAUUGGGACUUAUUGUAACAAAUUAAGUCAGAUUCGGUAUUGCAAAUGAACUCAUUUAGAUUAAAUAAAUAUAUUUAAUUAAAACUCAUCAUUUAAAUCAUCAGAUUGGCCAACUUUUGCAGCUGAUAAGCCUAAAAUUUUCAAAAGACAAUAAUAAAAUUAAAAUUAAGAAUAUUUAUAAGGAAAUUAAGAGAGGAGUUUUUGGGUUACUAAAAAAUAGUUUUGGAUAGAGAGUAUAAGUAUUAAAUGUAAACUCUAAAUUUAACUAAUAAUUUUGA